AUGGAAAUCGAAUUUGAUAAAUUAAAUAUCUUGGAAAGAAACUUCAAUCUUGUAAACAUUAAAAAUUGUUCGUACUGCAAUGAACUUUUCACUGAAGAAUUAUGGUGUAAAGAGUGUGACCCAUUUAGAAUAAUGGAAGGAUGGACCAGUGGAAAUUCUGAUAUUGAUAAGUUUAUAAAAGAUACAAUGUAUAAGCCAAGAUAUAGUGAUGAAUUUCUUGAAUGGGUGCCAUUUGAUAGAUUUACAGAUAAAAAAGAAAUUGGCGAAGGUGGAUUUGCCAAAGUAUAUUCUGCAAUAUGGAUUGAUGGUAAAUCAAAUUACUAUAUUAAUAAUGAUGGAGAUUACAAAAAAGUGGAGGCUGAUCCUAAAAGAGUCGCUUUGAAAAGAUUAAAUGGAUCACAGAAUAUGUCAGAUAAAUAUUUAAAUGAACUUAAAAUACAUUGGAAUUUAUUUAGUAAAACAUCAGGAUUAAGUUUGUAUGGAAUUACUAAAGAUCCUGAAACUAAAGAAUUUAUGAUGAUUAUAAAAUUUGCUGAUAAGGGAAAUUUGAGGAGUAGUCUUAUAAAUAAUUUCAACAACAUUUUAUGGAAAAAUAAAAUUGUUUUAUUGUUCGAUUUAUCAGAAAAUCUACAAGAUUUACAUAAAUUAGGAUAUUUUCAUAAAGAUUUUCAUAGUGGAAAUAUAUUACGAAUUAAUGAUAUUUUAUCUUUCAUUUCAGACUUUGGAUUAUCUGGACCGGUAAAUGGACAAAAAUCAGACGAUAAAGUAUACGGAGUGUUGCCAUAUAUUGCGCCAGAGGUCUUAAAUGGAGAACAUUAUACAACAUCAUCUGAUAUUUAUAGUUUUGGUGUUGUUAUGGCUGAAUUAUCAUCUGGAAAACCACCAUUCUACAAUAAAAAACAUGAUCUAAAUUUGGCAUUAGCCAUAUGUAAUGGACUAAGACCAGAAUUUGGAAAAGGAACUCCUGAAUUUUAUAAGAAAUUGGCUUAUAGAUGUAUGAACGCUAAUUCAAAUGAAAGACCGACAGCUAAGGAAUUGAAAAUCAUACUUACUAUUUGGCGGAAUGCUAUCUAUGGCUAUUAUAGAAAUAAAGGAAAAGAAGGAAAAGAAAUUAAAACAGCGUUUGAAGAAGCUGAUAAGGAAAUACCAAACAUUUCAACUUCGUAUGAAAAGAAUUCUGAUGCUGUAUAUACUAGUAGAGCAUUUAAUUUCAGUAAUCUAUUAUCGAAACCUGUUAAUUCUUCUAUUAUUACUUCAUAUAUUAAUGAAGAGAGUAAUGAAGUUCAUGAUUCUCAAUUAGUCAACUUAGAAAUUCCUGAUUUAAAAGAUAAAUUAUGAUGAGAAUGUAUAUUAUUAUCGUUGAAAUU